UCGCGCUUCAGGAUCGAGCCCUCACACGCUCGCCGCCGCCGCCGCCACCACGACCUCGCUACAGCAGGCGCCUCCGUCCCAGUCCCCGUCGCCGAAAUGACAAAGCGCACCAAGAAGGCUGGAAUUGUUGGCAAAUACGGCACUAGGUAUGGUGCCAGUUUGCGUAAGCAAAUCAAGAAGAUGGAGGUAUCUCAGCACUCCAAGUACUUCUGUGAGUUCUGUGGGAAGUUUGCUGUGAAGAGGAAAGCGGUUGGAAUUUGGGGAUGCAAGGACUGUGGCAAGGUCAAGGCUGGCGGUGCUUACACCAUGAACACUGCUAGUGCGGUCACUGUCAGGAGUACAAUCCGUCGCUUGAGGGAGCAGACUGAAGCGUGAUUCAACUAUCUUUUGUGUCUUUGAGGGAGCAGACUUAAGCGUGAUUCAACUAUCGUUUGUGUCCUAAGCAGUACCAUUGAUUCUGUAUCGAGUCAAGACUUACCAGUCACUAUAUUGGCUCUUUAGCCGAAGCACAUCGUUUAGCAUUUUUGUUUUCUACUUUAGGAUCUCCUAAGAAUGUUACCAAAAUCUGUACUUUCAAGCCAUGGUGAACUUAAAUCAGUUAUUUAUGAUCCAAUGUGCGCGGUUCAAACUUCU